AUGCAACAACUAUCGAAUGAUACUGGCUCGUGGAAUAUAAUUGAUUCUCCACUUCCAGCACCUUUAUUUUAUAAUUCAAAUGCAUAUGAUAAUUUAUCAAAUGUUGGUGUAAAAUUAAAUGAUAUUAAUAAUCCAAUUAUACCAAUACCAAGUGAUUCAUUAUCAUCAUUAGCACCACAAACAGGAGCUAGUCAGCCAAAUGCAGCUAAUUAUUGGGCAUUUGCACUUAUAGUUUUUCCUUUAUUUACAAUAUUUGGCAACGUACUUGUUGUUGUGAGCGUCUAUCGUGAAAAAUCUUUACAUACAAUAACAAAUUAUUUUGUUGUAUCACUUGCCAUAUCCGAUAUAACUGUUGCUGCUGUUGUCAUGCCAUUUGCUAUUUAUUUAGAAUUUAAUCGAGUAUGGGAAUUAUCUGAACGCUUAUGUGAUUUUUGGGUCGCUUCUGAUUGUAUGGCUUGCACAGCAUCAAUAUUAAAUUUAGUUGCAAUUGCAGUUGAUCGUUAUAUUGCCGUAACGAAACCACUUAAAUAUGCUCGACAUAAAAAUCCAAAACGCAUUGCCAUCAUGAUUGUUAUCGUAUGGCUUGUUUCAUUUGUUAUUGCUUUACCAAUUGUCAGUGGUGUAAAUAAAUCAGAUGUUGCUGCGUAUCCACGUGUUCCCGAACAAUGUGCAUUUUUCAAUAAUAAAUUUCUUAUUUUUUCAUCACUUGGUUCAUUUUUCAUUCCAUGUAUUAUUAUAUUUGCUAUUUACUAUCGAAUAUUUAUGGUUAUUAUGGCACGUGCCCGAAAAAAUCGUAAACAAUGGAGACCUAGAGCAGCUAUUGCAUCAGCUGCUGCACAACAUCGUUCAAAUGCCAAUCAUUUAGUAACAUCAUUAUUACAAGAACGACAUAAUUUAAAUCAUCCACCAAUUAUGAAUGAUACUCUUGUAAAUAUAACAUCCACAACAUCAAAUACACCUCAAAUAAUAGCAAAUUCAUCCGUACCUUUAACAAAAACUAUUGAAUGUAAUACUUUAAUGUUAAAAUUAUCUACGCCUGCCUUAGCACCUGCAAUACGUCCAUCAGUAAAUGUUACAUCAUCAUCGGGUGAUCCAGUAGAUGAUGAUGAACGUGAUGACAUUGCAUUAUUUGUUCAUCAUGAACAAGAACAACAAAAAAAAAUUAAUCAUAAUAAUAAUAAUAAUAAUAAUAAUAAUCAUCAUCAUCAUGAUGAACAUGAAAAUCAAAUUGAAAUAUUACCAUCAAUAACCAUAAAACCAAAUAUUAAAUCUGAUAAUCCUACACCAUUUAAAACAACAACACACAAUUCACAAACUAAAAAUCAUCAUGAUUCUCAUCAUCCAAAUAAACAUUUUAAAACACGUUUAAAAGACAAAUCAGAUUUUCAUAGUUCAUCAGUAACAACUAAUAUUACACAAACAAGUAAUACUAAAAUUGCUAAACGAAAAGCAUAUUCUCGCAUGAAGAAAGAACGUAAAGCAACACAAACACUUAUAAUCGUGCUAAUUUGCUUUCUAGUAUGUUGGUUACCAUUCUUUGUGCUCAACAAUUUAGUCAAUGCUAUUGUUAAAUUAUCUAAUAAAUCGCAGACAUUAUUAAUUCAUGAUUUUACAUUAUCAUUAUGUGUAUGGUUAGGAUAUGUAAAUUCAUUUUUAAAUCCAAUUAUUUAUACAAUAUUUAAUCUUGAAUUUCGUAAAGCAUUUGCCAAGAUCCUUUUUUCAUCUUGUAGAUUAUCCAAUCAGUUAUCUUCAUAA